ACUCUCUUUCUUUGAUCAUUACGAUGGCGAUGAAUCAAGGAGAUUAUCCGGACUGGGCGGAGCUUCCGCCGGAGCUGACGUCGUCGAUCCUGCACCGUCUCGGUGGGAUCGAGAUACUGGAAAACGCGCAGAGAGUGUGCACAUCGUGGCGUCGAGUCUGUAAAGACCCCUCGAUGUGGCGGAAGAUUGACAUGAGUAACCCACACAGGGGAGACAGCUGUCACCACGAGUUAGAUAAGAUGUGCCACCACGCAGUUGAUCGUAGCCAGGGAGCGUUGGUUGAGAUCGAAAUUUGGCGCGUCGCUACUUAUGAACUCCUCAGUUACAUCGCCGAUAGGUCAAGUAACCUGAGAAGCCUUAAACUUGCACUGUGCUAUCAAAUAGCAAGCGAGGGACUUAGAGAGAUACUUGUGAAACUUCCUUUGCUUGAAGUCCUCGAGACUUCAUACUGCGCAUUGUCAGCAGAGUCUGUGAAAGUUAUAGGCCAGUCUUGUCCAAAUCUCAAGUCAUUCGGAAAAAACUGUGAGGGUUACAGGCGUCCUCGAAACGAGUGCGAUGAUCUUGCUCUAGCAAUCGCCGAGACAAUGCCCGGACUCACCCGCCUCCAGCUUUUCGGGAACAGGUUAACGGACGUCGGUUUAAAAGCCAUUCUCGACGGGUGUCCUAACCUGGAGUAUCUCGAUCUGCGCCAGUGUUUCAAUGUUAACCUUGUUGGGGAUCUGGAGAAGCGGUGUUCCGAGAGGAUCAGAGUCGUGAGGCGCCCUGAUGACUCGACUCAUGAUUACCCAUUUGAUGCAACGGUUCACGACAUGGAUUCAUCAGAAGAUGACGACUAUCUUUAUGACAUCUCUGAUGAAGAAGAUGAUAUUGCACCAGCAGAUGAGUUUGACGAUGACCUCUCAGGUGCUAGUGACCAUUCUGACCUUGAUCAUUUUGAUUAGAACCAGGACUUACCUC